AUGUCCGGCGGCCCGGAGGCCUUCGAGUUCGAGUCCGCCUGCGAUGACCUGCAGGACAAGGUGGAGUGCCUGCUCCCCUGGCAGUCCCUCCUGCUGGUCGGCGCCGCGGACGGCUCCCUCUCCGUCUUCGACAUCCCCGAUCAAGAUGCCGAGGAUCCGACGCUGACCCUCUCCCAGCGGAUAAAGGGCUUUUCGAAACGCGCUCUCGUCCAGCUCGAUGUGAUCCCCACCAAGCCGGCCCUGCUGAGUUUGUCUGAUGACGGCGUGCACCUGCACACGCUUCCGGACCUGGCGCCAAUUUGCACCGUCGCGGGCACCCGAGGCGCAUCCAGGUUCGCUUGGAAUCAAGAGAAGCUCACCUUGGCCGUGGCCGUGAAGCGCAAGCUGGCAUUCCACCACCUGACGGGUGUGGAGUUCAUGGAGAUGACGACCAUGGCGGUGCCGGACGUGCCUUUGGUGUUGGGCUGGUGCGGGGACGCCGUGUGCGCGGGAUUCCGCAAGGAGUACGUGCUGGCCAACCCCAACACGGGAUCCCUGGGGGAUCUAUUCACUGUGGGGAGGGCUAUGAAGCCCAGCGUGACACCUGUUCCUGGUGCGAAUGAGCUCCUGCUGGCCAAGGAGAACUUCGGGAUGUUUAUCGGGAGGGACGGGAGGCCGACCAGGAGGCCAUCAUCGGCGCUCACGUGGAGCGAGGCGCCCCUGGCGGUGGCCGUCUCGCCGCCUUAUGUUCUGGCCGCCGUUCUUCAGACCUCCCAGAAUUUCAUCGAAGUCAGAAAUCUGAGCCCCAGUGCCCGCAAGGGGGUGGUCCAGAUGUUUCACGUGGAGGGGCCGGUGGUGCUCGCACAGGUAGCGGGCAUGGAUGGGAGCGUGUACCUGGCGUCCAAGACGAAGAAGGCGCUGUGGAAGCUGAGGCCCACGGCGCUGGGCGGCCAGGUGGAGGAGCUGAUGGGCAUGGGGGAGUUUCCGGACGCCCUGGAGCUUUGCGGAAUGAUGCCGGAGGACCAGCGGGGGGGCACGGAGGACUUGCUGCGCGUGCGGUACGGUGCGCACCUUUUUUCUGAGGGGGAUUACGACGAGGGGAUGGCCCAACUGGCCAUGCACUCCUGCAACACACCCGUGCUGUUCCUCAAACUGUUUCCGUCUCUGACCCCCCCCGCCAAGAUGAAGAACUUCCCGCUGCCGGUCCCGGACGACCUGUUCAGCGACAUGAGGGAGCCACAAGGGGAGGAACGCGUGAAGGCAGUCUCGGCCCUGCUGCCAUACCUGUUGAGUCAUCGGAGUCGGCUGGCCACCAGGAGGAGGGAGGACUUGGAGAUGGAUGACGAGCAACACAGGCUGGGUCCUGAGGUGGGGGCAGAGAUGGCUGAAUCUGGGGAGGAGAGGGACCAGGCAGUGGGGGAGAGUGGGACGAGUGACAAGACCGCAGCUUCAGAACAGGUCAUGUCACGGCUGCACAGGUCUAGACAGGCAACUCUUGUUGACACGGCCAUCUUGAAGGGCAUGUUGGUUUGCCCGGACACGGGGGCGCUGUUGCAAUUCGUCCAACAGCCCAAUUUUGUGGACAUGGAGGAGGGGAGGGGGGCAUUGGUGGGGUGCGGGAGGUAUGCUGAGCUCGCGGCUCUGUACCAAUCGAGGGGACACCACAGCGAGGGGCUGGAACUGCUGCGGCGGCUGUCGCAAUCUCCGCAGUCUUUUGACGUGGAGCCGCAGGGGGUGGCAUCUGGGCUGUCUGGAGAGAUGGGCGUGUGGGCGGUGGUGAGAUACCUGUCCACGCUCACAGAAAAGGAUGCAGCAGUCAUACAGCAGCAUGCGACAUGGGUACUGAAGCAGGACGCAGAGGCGGCACUGCAGAUGUUCAUCUGCUCAGAGAAGAGACUGCCGCCAGCGAUCGUGCUGCCCAUUCUGCGCACCAGCGCCCCUCAGUACUCCUCCAUUUACCUCGAAGUCAUGCUGGACUGUGGGGAAGUGUCGCACGAAGAGUAUGAUGGCACGCUGAUGAAGAUAUACCUGAGGGAGGCGCUCGAGAACGAGCAGGAGAUAGGCUGCCUGGGCCAGCCCAGCGAAGGCGAGUCCCUCGACAGCUUUCUCAAGUCGGUGGCGAGCGAGGAGCUGCGGGAGUCCAUGAAGAAUAGCAGCCAGGUGCCACUGUUCACGGCCGCCGGGCCGAAAAAGAUGCCGACGCCCCAGGAGCUCGAGGACGCCGCUCCCAGCCCCUCACAGUCCUACCAGCGCCUGAAGCAGCUGAUAAUGACCUCCCCUUACAUCGACCCCUCCACCGCACUGGCCUCCAUCCCCUCCGGCCGGCUCUUCGAUCUCCAAGCGCUACUGAUGGAAAAGCUUGGCAGGCACAAGGAGGCCCUGGAGGUUUAUGCACAGGAGCUGCACAGCCUGGAGCUCGCCGAGGCCCUCUGCGACAGGGUGUACGAGUCAAGCAAGGGCGCCGGGCGGGGCGACAUCUACAUGAUGCUGCUGGAGAUCUACCUGGGGCUCAAGGACGGCCCCAAGCCCCCAGAGUGGCUCAACCACAGCCUGUGGAGGCAGCUGUUCCACGUGCUGAGCAGGAAACGGUACCGCAUCGACGCCGAGAAGGUCUUUGGCGCGCUGCCCUUCGACCUGUGCCUCUGCGAGGUGAUGCCCUUCGUGGAGGCGUGCCUGAGGACCCUGGCUGAGCAGCAGAGGAACGUGGGCGUUGCAAAGAACCUGUACUCAUGCGAGAACCUGGAGGUGAAGGAGCGGCUGAUCAAGUCCAAGCAGCGGAUGGUGCACGCGACGUCCGAGCGGGCCUGCCACAUGUGCAAGAAGAGGAUUGGGAGCGCGGUGCUGGUGGCGUACCCCAACGACAACCUCGCGCAUUACUCGUGCUACAGACGGGGCAGCCAGACGUGA